UCUGAGUCGCCAUUUUAUUAUUAAAUGCUACUUACUUAAAAUGUUCGAAAGCCAUAGACGAAAAGUCAGUCGCUGCUGUUUUGUCAGUGUACGGAAUCGGAGAUAAUGGAAAAUACAACUUGUUUUAAGAUCACUGGUCCAGUUUAUGACGUCAACGGUGUUACUCUACACAGUCUGGUAGAAGAAGCUGUAGCUAAACAUGCAGAAAAUGAUUGUGUUAUUUGUGAUAAAGGAACCACUCGGACUUGUCUAACAUACAGCCAUUUAUGGGACCUUGUUUUGAAGGUUGAGCAUGAGUUGUCUCCAUUUGUGAUCAAAGGGGAGGUGGUUUCAUUGUGCCUGAAAGUGGAUGAACGAAUGCCUGCAGUUCUGAUUGGUAUUCUGAAAAUGGGGAUGGCAUUUUACAACUUUAAUGCCAAGAGCUGCUGCUUUUCUACAGAAAUCACGAGUCAGCUGGGAUCAAGGGUGGUUAUCGUUCAUCAAGAUUUUGAGAAGAAUGUCGCAGAAGCACUGGCGCAGAAAGAAAUGGUAUUUGAACAGCAUACUGUCCAUGAUAAUGACCUCCAUGACCUUAGUGUUUUCGUGAUAAAGGAAAGAGAGAGGAAGUUCUAUGAUUGUGGUUUGGCAUAUUGUAUAACUACGUCAGGCACCACUGGCCGUCCAAAAGUAAUUCAGGUCCCUCAUUCCUGUAUAGUGCCAAAUAUUCUACAUUUGAGAAAGAUUUUUAACUUGACCCCAGCUGACCUUGUUCUUUGUGCCACAAGCUUGACCUUUGACCCAAUGAUAGUUGAAAUAUUUACGACCUUGAGUAGCGGAGCGUCUCUCUUAGUUGUCUCCCCUGACAAGAAAAUGAAUGCUAGCCUUCUUCUUGAUACCAUCGUCAGAAAUAAAGUCACUGUGAUGCAGGUGACUCCAUCAUUGCUGUAUUCUGGGAACCUUUUUGCUCUACUUGGACACAACUCCUGUCUAAGAGUAUUGGCUUUGGGUGGGGAGCAGUUUCCCAGCACUGAAUGGCUGGCUAAAAAUAGAGAUUCUAAAAAUGAAACACAGCUGGUCAACCUGUAUGGUGUCACCGAGGUGUCGUGCUGGGCAAUGUAUUAUGUGGUCACAGAGGAAGAUAUAAGGGAAAACAACAAGAUUCCACUUGGUAAACCUCUAGCAAACACAGAGGUGGAGAUUGUAAUUGUCCAAGAUACUGGUGAAAAGACGUUUGGGCAGGUUUGCAUAAGUGGUAAUGGAAGACAAUGCGUUAUUGGUGAAGAUCCGCAAAGCCAGUUCAGUGAUGUAUCAAACAGAGGAGUUAACACUGGAGAUUUUGUAGAAAUUCAGGGAGACAACUGGUAUUUUUGUGGUCGACAGGACAGUCAACUGAAGAGAAAUGGGCACAGAAUCAAUUUACUGGAGAUAAAGAACGUUGCCCUCAGUUGCCAAAAUAUAACGGCCUGCGAAGUGCUUCACAUCAAACGUUGGCAAAAGAUAGUCGUUUUUGUUAUGCUACUAGAUGGUGUCCAUAACAACACAAGGGAAGUUGUUUUGCGCCACAUGCAUAGUCGUUUACCAAGUUACAGCCUGCCAGAUGAUGUACAUAUUGUACAAGAGAUACCAGUAACAGAACAUGGUAAAGCAGAUAUUAGACUUUUAGAAAAGCUGUACUGUACACUGAAAACAAAGAAGCUGGAAGAUGGUGACCUUGUCGAAUAUUUGGCCUCAGCAUGGAUGGAUCUGUUGGAAGUUAAUGAGUAUCACCUUAUUGUUUCAAACUUUGUCCUCGAUGGUGGUGAUUCUAUAAAAGCAGUACAACUGGCAAAUGAGUUGGAGGCAAAACUUAAACGCAGGUUACCAUUUUUGAUGGGCAUUCUAAUGAACCAGACUUUCCAGCAAGUAAAGCAAUACGUAAUUGCUGCUGCAAGAAAUGGAGAUAAAGAUUUAUGUGAAUAUGAGAAGACAAAUUCGCCAGAAACAAAGGAGAAAUUUGUACAUACUUUUCCUGGAAAUGAAAACGACCUGUUUGAUUCUGCUGAAAAUAAGACUAACAUGGUAUCAAGGCAAGUUACUAGCACUAUUGUGAUGAAUGAAAGUGAUACAGGAUUUGUAAGAGGUUAUAAGGACAAUAUAUCUGAAAUCAAUGCCGUUGUCGAGUUGCAUUUUACUAACAUAGAUCAGCGCAAAAUUGAAGAAAAGGUUGGUUCAAAUGAAACUUCGAACUCUAGUUUCAGCGGUGAAGUGAAUGAAAAAUUUUCGGCAUCAUCACUGAAAAGAAAGAAAUUAAAUCAGAAUAAACCUGAAGAUAAAUAUUUAUUCGAAAAUGUAGAUAUAGCGAGAGAUGAUACUAAUCACCAAUUACAUGCAAAAUCUGAAGAAAGCAGUACUUCUGAAGCAGUCAUUAAUUUAGAUAGGUCCGAUUUCAAGCAUUUCAGUAAUAUAUCGACUAUUGAAGCUGCAAGUAAAAAUGGUGUCAAGAGAACAAAGUGUUCUGAUCCAUUUUUGGUGUCCAUUAGUGGCGGAAAUAAGAUCCACUUUCUUCAGCCAGCUUUUGAUCUCGGAGUAAAUGAUAAUUUCGUACGAAAUAUAAUGGAACACAUUUGUAUUGAAAAAAACAACCAUGAAGAGGUAUCUAGUCAGAGAAUUGAAAAGGUGAGGAUUCAGUUGAAGCUCGUUUGGAAACACGACAUGAAGAAAUGUGUUGAUGCCAGUCCGGUGAUCGCAAUAGGAAAACACAGGUCUGUUGUGUUUGUGGGUUCCCACUCCUACAUGUUUUCCGCCAUCGAAUUGCACACUGGCAACAUUCUUUGGAGUCUCACGUUUCCAUACAGGAUUAUGGAACAAGCUGCGCUCAGUGUUUGUGGAACCAAGAUUAUAGUGUGUUGUGUGGAUGGCUAUGUAUACGUCCUAGAUUCCCACAGUGGCGCCAUCUUGUGGCAGUUCAACACCGGAUCCGCACUGCAGUGUGCUCCCACAGUCGAUUAUGUGUCGGGUCACGUGUUUGUGCGCAAUUUUAACGACGUUUACGUCUGCCUUGACGUAAAAGAAUACAGAGAAGUGUGGAGGGUUUCAUUACCAGAUCUUCCGGGUAAAACAUCGGGAGCAGUUAGUCACUGUCCGCAUCAAGUCUACUUCACCAGCUCUCGCUAUGGUGUCGUCUUCCCUCUAGAUAGUGACAACGGCUGGGUGUUGUGGCAGUACAAGAUUGGUAUUCCAGUGCUGGUAUCCCCCGUUGUGUCCUCCAGAGGCGUUCUUGUGGCGUGUACGGACGGACAACUGUAUCACAUCACUCACAGUGGAGAAUUGAUUUGGAAAACCAGGGUUUGCAAUACUGGAAGAAUAUCUUCCCCUCCAUCUUUAGAGAUUUCCGAUUUGGGUCUAGCAAUAGGGAACAACAGAACUCUAUCAAAAAUAUUCAUUGGAACACACAAUGACAAUAACAAAACUGACAGUUCUAUUGUAGUCAUUAAUGCAGAAAAUGGAUGUAUAGAAACGUCACGAUCUAUACUUUCGGGUAUUCCAACAUCUGUUUUUCCAUAUACGCUGCGUAUUGGAUGUGUCAGGAAAAAUAUUGACAAGACAUGUACCCAGGGUAGAACCACAGAAGACAACUGUACUACACAUGAUAAGAAAAUAAACAUAGUGCUAUUUACUGACACGCAUGGGAUGAAUAUUACAUCCGCAUCAACAUUUGAUAUUCUGUGCCAAGUUGGAGGAUUCCAAAAGGAGAUUUGGUCAUCCCCGGUUUUGUAUGACAAUUUUGUAGUAUUUGGUUGCCGAGACAAUCAUGUGUAUUGCUUCAAGAUAUCUGCCAGCCAGACUGAAUAAUGUCUGAUGUAGUUAGGUUCAUUUUUGUAUUGGUACAGAAGUACAGUAAACGUUUUGGUCACCCAAUAGCUAUUUUUAUUAUCCCGCGUCAAAAGGGAACAAUAUAGUCCUGGCAUAGUCCGAUGGUCAGUCGGUCUCAGGAUUUCAGUCAGUCCGUCAGUCCUUAAGUUUGUCCAUAUGUAACAAACUGUUUAAGGUUAUAUCUCAGAAUCUAUGUAAGAUUGAAACAUGAAACUUCAUGGGUAUAUACAUAUCAAUGAGGAGAAAUGCCAUACACAAGAACCAUAACCCUACACUUUCUUAAUUAAGAGUUGUAACCUUUUUAACCAGGUUUUCUGAAGGACAAAACUGGUUAUUAGAUUGGCGAAUGCGGCGGGCUGGCUGGCUGGCUGGCUGGCUGGCAGGCUGGCGGGCGGAACAAGCUUGUCCGGGCCAUAACUUUGUCGUUCAUUGUGAGAUUUUAAAAUCAUUUGGCACAUUUGUUGACCAUCAUUAGACGGUGUGUCGCGCGAAAAAAUUACGUCAAUAUCUCCAAGGUCAAGGUCACACUUUGAGUUCAAAGGUAAAAAAUAGCCAUAAAUGAGCUUGUCUGGGCUAUAACUAUGUCAUUCAUUAUGAGAUUUUAAAAUCAUUUGGCAAAUUUGUUCACCAUCAUGGGACGGUGUGUCGCACGAAAGAAUCACGUCAAUAUCUCCAAUGUCAAGGUCGCCACGACUAAAAAUAGAUUUAUUUUAAAACAAACUUACAAAGGGGGUUAAUUUUGUUUGUUCAUUUCAAAAGUUCAGUUUGAGUUGUCUCCCUUUAUCAGAUUUUUUUUCACAAUGAAAACCUGGUUUUGUGACAAUUUUGUCCCUUGUUAUUAUAUGUUUCGUUUCAGGGCUAUAUCUCAGAUUCAAUUCAAGAUUUCAACUUGAAACGUAAUGGGUGUAUUUAUAUCAAUGAGGAAAAGUGCCCUGCACAAGAACCAUAACCAUACUUUUUAAAUAAGAGUAAUUGCCCAUUGUUGUUUUUGUACAAUGCAAAAUCUAAGAUACUUCUCCAGAUUUCAACAUUUCAAAUAUGUUGGUAUAUCGAUGAGGAGUAUUGCAAUGAAUAAAACCGAUAGCUUCACACAUUGUUAUUUUACAGUUAUUGCCUCGUUUAAUCCAUCGGCACCCAGAAAUAAACACAAUUUAUUUGGCUGGGGAUAUGAGUUAAUUGAAUUUGCUUGUUUAUAAAAAUGGCAUUCGCUUCAUGACUUCAGUUUCGAGCGAGGUAUUGCAAUCAAAAUUGUAUUUAGGUAGCAUACAUGUAGGCAUAGCUUGGGAAGCAGUAUUGUCAUCUCCUGUCUUGAUCACGAAAAACCUUCUAAUUGGAAACAUGCAUUUUUUAACCACAAUUUUAUAUAUUUGUAUAAGUAUUUUUAAAGCAAUUGUAUAUGCCAGUACCUGUAUACUUUGAAAGGAUUAUGAUAUUGCAUUU